GCCUGAGCAACUGUUGCUAAAGGGGCGUGGCUCGACCUGGGAGUCGGGGAGCGUCCCGCGGCCUCAUGAAUAUUUGAGUAUUCAAAUGACGCUCCGGCCCCGUUGCCAUGGCGCCCAGGGCCCGCAACCCCGCCCCCGGAAGAACGACCGACCCGGAGUCGCAGCGAGCCCCCGGCGGCGGAGGGCGCCCAGGGCGGUGGCACACAGACCAACCCCUCAGCUGGUCCAGGUCCCUCAUCAGGAUGACUGAAAGCACCUGAGGGCCAGUCCCCGCACUGGCAGCCCCAUGCAUCUCGGCACCUGCUCACUUCUGAGCCCUGUGACCUCAGUCCUGCCUGUCUCAGAUCCCCUGGGCACAGUGACCUGGCCAGGAGGCCAACCCACCUCUCUCCUGCAGGUGCCACUUGGGGACACCUUGCCUGAAUGUUUGACCCGUGGUGGAAAAAGGCAGCUGCCUCAGCAGGUUGGAUGUGAAUGGACCAGGCCUGGGACAAAGCCCACCGGCCUUGGCCGAGCACAGCCGAUAUCCUGGUGCGGGAGCUGAGCUGGCAAGGCCCGCACAACCCCUGCCCGAAGAGCAAGGACCCGGGCAGCCAUGGCGAGCAGUUGGUAGAGGAGUACCUGUCACCUGCCCGACUGCGCGCCCUGGCCCAGGUAGAUGACCUUCGACUGGUGGGCAUGCUGGAGAUGUGCGUCAGCACCCGUGAGAGCAGCCUGGGGAACUUCGGGGUGCACCUGCCCAACCUCAGCCAGCUGAAGCUGAACGGUAGCUGCCUGGGCUCCGUGAGAGACCUGGGCACCUCCCUGGGCCGCUUGCGGGUGCUGUGGCUGGCCCGCUGCGGCCUGACCGACCUGGAUGGCAUUGGCUGCUUCCCGGCCCUGAAGGAGCUCUACGUCUCCUACAACAACAUCUCAGACCUGAGCCCGCUGUGCCUGCUGGAGCAGCUGGAGGUCCUGGACCUGGAGGGUAACAGUGUGGAGGUCCUGGAGCAGGUGCGUUACCUGCAGCUGUGCCCGAGGCUGGCCACGCUCACCCUGGAGGGCAACCUGGUGUGCCUGCGGCCAGGGCCCAGCCCCUCCAACGAGGUGCCCCCCGGCUACAACUAUCGGGCAGAGGUGAGGAAGCUCAUCCCACAGCUGCGGGUCCUGGAUGAGGUGCCAGCCACACACACGGCCGUGCCGGCCCCCCGGGAGCUGCGCCAGGACUGGCUCAUGGUGAAGGAGGCCAUCAAGGAGGGUAGUGUCUCCGAAGGAAUGUUCCCCGGGCUGGAUCAUCCCCACGGAGCCCCCAUCCGGACACUCGGCUCCCAGCUCUCCUUGCCUGAGACCCAGCCACGGGCCCCCAGGCCACGGCCCCUCUCCCUACUGGUCACUGGGGGUCCCCUGCCGGGAGGCCUGCUUCCCAAGGACCCAGCUCCACAGGACGACACCAGUAACCUCACCCACGGUGCUAGCCGAGUCCUCUGCGGAAACCCCACCAAAGGCCUGAGGGAGCGUCGACGCCAGUGCCAGGCCUGGACACCUUCGGAGCAGCUGGCCCCACAGGAGGACCUGGCUGCCAGUGCCUCCACCCCAGGGCCUGACCCUGCAGACAGCAGUGAACUCCUGGCCUUGGCUAGGCUCCAGGCCCGGAGGGAGCUGCGCCUUCGGUACCUGGAGUCCCAGCAGGAAGGUGCCACAGCCCCCUGGGGCCCACGGGGGGCGCCCGAAGAACAAGAGGACGAAUCUAAGCCCAGGACUCCCUCUGGCCCCCAAUGUCUGGUCCCAGAGUCUUCUAGGACCUCAGGCUGUAACCUGAUCCCCUCUCCCCCUAAGUUCCCCUUGCCAUCUGAUUCCAGCAACACCUUCUGGGGGUCCACAGACCUGCAGUUCAGGGGGCGUAGGCUCAGAGCCCUAGGCAGCUUGAGGCCUGGCCUGGGUCAGGGGCUAGCUGUGGUGACAGCUCUAAGAGGCCUGGAGGUGGCCUCGGGGCCGAACCCUCGAGCCCAAGGAUGUCCCAGCCCAAAGCCAGCCCCGGAUCCAGCAGCCAGACCUCCCCGGCCUCCGGUGCGUGCAGCACCUGAACCCUAUCACCCCAGCCCAAUCCCACCCCUAGUGUAACCCCCCACCCGCUGCCAAGCUGGCCUGGACUGCGGGCCAAGAUGCCCCAGUGUGGUCGUGGGAGCCCCAUGUGAACUCUGGCCUCAUGGAACCCAGAGCAUCUUGGAGAGUGUGUUGGGGGGCGGGAAAUAGGCUUGACAUAAGAGGGACCCUUCUUGGUGGAGGGGAGUGGGGGGGUUGGGACUGCCAGGGGUGGGCACAAGGAAGAGCCCAGGAUAGGAGAGCCCAGUUCCCCACCACUGGCCCCGCUGCCCACUCCUUCCAUGGGGCCCGGCCUUCCCAGGAGGAGUGGUCAGAGCGACGAACCCGGAGGACACAGGCUGGGCCCAGGCUGAGGUGGCCGGAGUGCAGCCAGGCCCCCCCUCGCCCCCCAACCCUGGGGGAUUUGUGCGGGUCCUCGCCCACGCAGGGACAGGGCAGCCAGUGCCCUUCCCUUGGGAUAGGGCACCCCAAAACCAAGCGAAUCCGCUUUAAGGACUCUCAGGUGUACAUGAAUGCGGUUUACUUCGUAGGCGACGUUGGUUCAAUAAAUUGUGCAGCUGGCA